AAACAUGCGUCACAGGACCAAACGGACUUCCUGCUUCCUUCUGAAGUUCUUCUCAUGGCUUUCUCUGCUGGUCAUAGCAGAGCAACCUGACUACCAGCUUCAGCUCAUGGAUCAAACUUUAAGACGAAAACCAGACACAUUUCGGACUCUAUGACUCGACGAAACACAACGAUAUUUAUUCGUCCUGGUGCUGCCAAAUCCUGAAAGAUGGAGGACCCAAACAAACUUCAGCGUAAAAUGUCAGCGGCAGGAGAAAGCCUGUACAAGACCCUGGGACUGGAGAAAGGAGCGUCCCAAGAAGCAAUAAAGAAGGCAUACAGGAAACUGGCCUUGAGGCAUCACCCCGAUAAGAACCCGGACAACCUAGAAGCUGCUGAAAAAUUCAAGGAGAUCAACAAUGCCAACUCCAUCCUCAGUGACCAGGACAAACGGAAGAUCUACGAUGAGUAUGGGUCGAUGGGACUCUACGUGGCCGAGCAGUUUGGGGAAGAGAGUGUGAAAUAUUACUUCCUCAUGUCCAAGUGCUGGUUCAAGACCCUGUUGGUGUGCUGCGGUAUUUUCACCUGCUGCUGCUGUUUCUGCUGCUGCUGUUUCUGCUGUGGGAAGGCCAAGCCCUCAGAAAAUGAGGAGAACUUUGCUUAUAUGGACCCCGAGGACCUUGAGGCAGAGAUCAGAGAACAUGAUGCAGCAGGAGACCAUGUAAUAGUUAUUCAGCCCAGCGCUGACCCUUCAAACGGCACCGUCACCUUUUCAGGUGAGGAUGCACCGAUCGUGAUUCAGCCUCAUGCGACCAACGGUGCCUCGGGAACCAAGUGAGUGGAGUUCUGAUGAAACCACAUCCUCAUAAGUGUCACCAUAAUCAUUUUGGAAACUGAUGAGUUUACAUUAUGGGAUGGAAUGUGGCUGACAUGCCAAAUAUAUAUUAAUCUAGUUUAUGUCUUAGAUGAAUCAAGCAUCUAUUUCAUUGGGCCAUUUAGUUAUUUUUGUGUGUGCCAGUGGGUUUGUCUUUGUCUCCUAUUUAUGUCAUCCUUAUUUUUUUAAAUAUUGGGUUACAUGUGGACUGCAGUGACAAAUGACAAAGCCAUGCAGAUCGAAAGCUCUGGAAUAUUUUUUUGUGUGCACUUUAAUAUCUUGAGUUCGUAUUUAAAAUCUUGAAGCAGCCACAGCGGUCUGAGAAUAUUCAGGCUCAAAAUGGCUUUUAUGUCAUAAUAUUGAGAAGCCAAUGACUCUGAGAGCUAGAAUGUGUUCAGUCACUCUGUACAUAGAUUCAUGUUGUAGAAGCAGAUUUCCAGUCUAUUGAGACAAUGCCAAACUUCCACUUAUGUUCACUAUUGUGCAUUUCUUCCUGUGUAUUUUUUAUCGAUCAUCGAGCGGUAAUUUUUGUAUGAUGGGCAUUACAGGAAGGAUUCAACAUUUUGGGAGAAACGCUUACUUAAUUUCACAUCAUUGCAAUCCAUUUUUUCUGUGUGACUAAAAAAAUAUACUAUGAAAAUAUAGCAUCGUAUUCCUAAAGUUGAGUUUAAAGACUUUAACUUCUUUGUUAAGCGUUAAUUCGAGGGUGUGACUUGAUUGACAGGUCAGAAUUUGGUAUGUGUGUGUAUAAUGGUACGGGAAACACUGUUUGUAGGAAGACUUUAGGACCUUUUGUGAGUCCUAGCUCACUGUUUCCAGUCUUUAUACUAAGAGCAUGAGAGAUGCAUCAAUGGUCCCACAUGAUGCUCGUAAAGUAAAUAAGCGUGUCCUCCAAAAUGUUGAAAUAGUUAGUUCACUCUUCCUGCAUAUAAGAUGACCUCAGAAUAAACGUAAGUUACUGAGAAAGCUCUUUAUGAAACUGUCCUAUUCUCUAAAUCUUUCCUACACUUGAAGCUACAACCCAUAACUCACUGGUUUGAUUCGUUGACAAAUAUUACACAUUCAGUCAUUGUUUUUGGAUCAGUCGAGGCCUCAUUUUAAAGACCAUGAUCUCUGUGUGGUGUGUGGGAGGAUUCACUGCCUGUUAUGUGCCAUGAAAUUGUGCUCAAUGCAGGGAACAUGUUUUUGUGUAAAUUCAGAGAUUUAUUUUUGUAACACUCAUUCUCAUACUUACAUGAUCUUUUAUUGUGUUUGUAUUAUAUUCUGUGCAUUUGGUACAAUUCUAAAUCGCAUGUGUACAAUAUUUUUAGAGUUUGAUCUGUCUCACUAGACUUUGUUUAUAUACAUUUUGAGCAAACCCAUAAAUGUAUAUAGUCAAUUUUAUAUACAAAACUUCAUAAAAGUGUAUACAUUUUAAUGGAAUUUUAAAAAUUAUUUUUCAUCUUAGGUCUAGGUUUGAAUCAUUUUGAUCAAACCUUUAAAAAGAAAUGAUAUAUAUAUAUUUAGUUUGUCAUCUCUACAUUUAAAGAUAUUUUUUCCAAUCUUUUUCGGGUGUUUCUGGAAUGUUUGUGUCUGUAAAAGUAAUGUCUGAUCAAAUAAACCUCUGGUG